AUGGCUUCAUCUUCUUCCUCUGCUCCAUCUUCUCAAUCUUCCAAGAAAUAUGAUGUUUUUAUUAGUUUUAGAGGUGAGGACACCCGCUUGAAUUUCACAAGCCAUCUUUAUCAUGCUCUUUGUGGACAAAAAAUAUAUGCAUACAUCGAUGACAGCCUCGAGAAAGGAGAUGAGGUAUGGCCAUCUCUUGAGAAAGCCAUUAAAGAUUCAACUCUGUUCCUUGUGGUGUUCUCAGAAAACUAUGCAUCUUCCACGUGGUGCUUGAAGGAGCUUGCAAAAAUAUUAGAGUGCUGCAGAAAUCAACGUCACCUUCUUAUACCUGUGUUCUAUAGAGUAGAUCCUUCAGAUGUGAGGAAGCAACGUGGGAGUUACCACGAAGCAUUUGAAGGACAUGAGCGCAAAAGCAGCAACAACACGCAACAACUGCGCCAGUGGAGGGAGGCUCUCACUCAUGCUGCCAAUUUAUCCGGUUGGCAUUGUAGCCCCGAUAGGAAUGAAGCAGUGCUAAUUGAAGAAAUAGUGAAUUGUAUCAUGAAAGAGUUGGACCGUAGGUAUCAAAGUGAAGAUCAUCUAAAAGGCUUGAUUGGAAUUCACAAAAAAAUGGCAGUUGUAGAAUCAAUGUUGGACAAAGGUUCAAAAAAUGGUGGUUGCCAAUUCAUUGGAAUUUGGGGGAUGGGCGGUUUGGGCAAAACAACUCUUGUAAGAGCAUUGUAUGACAAGCAGCAUUUUGAAUACGAAGGGUCUUACUUUCUGGAAAAAGUGGGAGAAAAAUUAAAAAAAGAUGGAAUAGAUGCUUUAAGGAAGGAACUUGUUUGGAGUUUAUUGGGGGGUAAAGCAAUAUAUUCUCAUAUCAUGACUAGGCUUCGUCGGACAAAGGUUUUCAUUGUGCUUGAUGAUGUUGAUAAUGCUGAACAAUUAGAAAAUUUAGUUGGAAGAUGUGAAUUUGGAUCAGGUAGCAAAGUCUUAAUAACAAGCAGAGAUAAGCAAGUGCUUCGUACGAAAGUGGAUGAUAAUAAUAUAUAUGCGCUUCAUGGUUUGGAUCCUUAUGAAGCUUUUCAACUUUUCUCCUUGAAUGCCUUCAAAACAGGCUGCAGUGAUCCGAAGAUAAAAGAGCUAGCAGAAGAAGUGACUAAAUAUGCAGGUGGAAAUCCAUUGGCUCUAAAGGUUCUAGGCUCCAUCUUGCGUGGCAAAAAUCAAGAAGCAUGGAAAAGCCAAUUGGCAAAGCUUCAAAAAUUGUUUUGUCCAGAAGUCAUUGAUAUCCUCAGAUUGAGUUUUGAAGGACUUGAUAAGGAAGAGAAAAAUAUUUUCUUGCACGUCGCAUGUUUUUUCAAUUAUUAUUAUGAUGCUGAGGAUGUAAAAAAAUUGUUAGAUACAUGCAGUUAUUCAACCGAGAUUGGAUUGACGAUACUUGAGGAAAAAGCCCUUUUAGAUAUUGAUAGAGGACGAAUAUGUAUGCACAGUCUAAUAAAACAAAUGGGUAAACAAAUUGUCCGUGAAGAAUCAUUAAAUUAUCCUACAUGGUGCAACAUAUUUUGGAUUUUCAAGGAAAGUUCUGAUAUAUUGAAGAAAAAGAUGGGACGUAUUGAAGGCAUGGUUAUUAGCCUUUCAGAAGUUGAAGAGACUUUCUGUCAAAAAUCUCAUGCUAUGGAUUGGGUGGGAUGCCCUUUAGAGUCCUUGCCAACGACAUUUAAGGCUGAAAGUCUUGUUCGAUUGGAAAUGCCCUACAGCAGAUUGACAAGACUUUGGGAUGGAGUGCAGCCUGCAUUGUUUAGGCUACAGUAUUGCCAGUCCCUUACCAGCCUUACAAGCGAUACCCCUCUCCAAUCUCUCAGUCGGCUCGAUGUAAGUUAUUGCUCAAGUCUGGAGGAAUUUUCAGUAACCUCAGAAAAUGAAGAGCUCUGUUCACACCUUUCAGGAGCUGCCAUCAGAGGUGCGUUGCGCUCAUCAAGUGGGCAUCGCAGCAAAAUUCGUGACUUAGCUAUAGCCAAUUGCGGAAAUGUGACAAGCGACCUUCGAGGUGUUGAUGCUGGAGGCUGUAAUGAGCUAGCGUCACCUCUCCUGUCCAAGUGUGAUAAGAUGGGUGCUUUGGAAAGACUAGGGCUUCCGUAUUGCAAUGAAUUAUCUGAACUUCCUAAUGACAUCAGGUUGCUGUCAUCAUUACGUCACUUACAUCUCUCACAGACUAAUGUACAGACCUUGCCUUCGAGCAUCAAACAUCUUUCACUCCUGCAACGUCUUGGCCUGGAGGGAUGUAAAAGGCUUCGUUGUCUACCAGAGCUCCCUCCCUCUGUCUUGCAAUUGUUUGCAAUGGACUGCAUAUCCCUUGAGACCAUACAAUAUUCACCUUUGACAAACGAAGGUGAAGAAGGAAAAGAUAAGGCAUGUCCACGCUUUUUAUUCACAAAUUGCAAGAAGCUGAAUCGACGGGCAAUCGAAGCUGCUGAGGCAAGAGUGCUACUUGCGAUAAAGAAAGCCACUUAUGACGAUGCUAUAUUGGAAUAUCCAGGAAAAAUAGUUCCAAAGUGGUUCAAGUUUAAGAGUACUGAAGAGGAUCCCAUGACUGUGAAUCUCAGUUCGAUUCCAAAUUCUGAGGAUGGGGGAUUCCUUUUUUGCGUCGUCGUUUCUAAAUUACCAUCAGGGGGGGAGAAAUUGAUGCCGAAUGGUUUAUUGAUGGUAAAUAUGCUUGCAGGGCCUCUAAAAGCCCGUUUUACUUGUAUGGGCAGUCCUCAAAGCAUGUUGGUCUUUGGUAUGAUCCUGAUUCACUUGGAGAACUAA